CCAGUAGCACAACCACAAAAUCACAAAACAGUUCAAUAAUCAUCAAUCCAGCAGCACAAACACAAAUAACAAAAUCACAAAACAAUAAAGUAUGAAGACAAUCACAAUCUAGACAUAAUUAAGUCAUAAAAUACUUCAAUAAUCAAUAAAACGUUCAAUAAUCAAUAAUCAGCAAUCCAGCCGUACAAACACAAACAAAAAAUCACAAAACAGUUCAAUAUUCAUCAAUCCAGGAUCACAACAAACACAAAAUCACAAAAUACAAAACAAUAAAUCAUGAAAACAGCCAUAAUUGUGUUUUCCAUUCGAAUCGGCCGAUUCUGAUUUGAUUGGAUGGUUCAAUACUCACGGUCAGAUCGAUCCAGUUUUCAGAUCCAUGUUCAUUUCAGACUUCAGAACCUUCACUAGGCCUGGUUGCUGAGUAGGGUCUGGAUCUGGGUCAGUCCUUGCUACAAGAGAAGUGUGAAAUGAAGCAACAAUAGAGAUGGGCCCAAUCGGUCACCAAAAACAAAAAGAGAAAGGGCCAAUCAAGAGUUGAAGAGAGAGGAAGCCCCUGUUUGGAAUGAUAACACAGUAGGAAUGAGGAACCAAGAAAGGGGGUGGGUGUUGGCGGUGUAAUUCUCAUGCACAAUAAUCAUUUCUGUCUCGUACCUUCUUCAAUUUCUCUAAUUCUCACUGCAUUAAUUCUUAAUUCUGUGUUUGUGAAUUCAUCUCUUGAUUGCAAGAAUGUUGUCAUUGUUCUCAUUCUCACUCUCACGAAUCAUGUUAAGGUACUCUCCUUAUUCUGUUCCCAACUCCGUUUUCCGUCUUUGCUUCCCUUCAACUUCAUCCCUACACUCUAACUCUCAGUCCCAAUCACUUGAUAAAUAUAUUGAUAUCUUCACUCGCUUGCUCUCUAUGCGUCCUCCUCCAUCCAUCAACUCUUUUAACAUGAUUUUGGGGGCUCUUGCCAAGAGGAACGAUUUCCCCGCCGUCCUACCCCAUGUUCAGCUGUUGGAAGCCCGGGGAUUUCAGUUUAAUGAAGUCACUUAUGUGACCUUGAUUCAGGGACUCUGUAAGACCAGACACACAUCAGCUGCUAUUCAAGUGUUGAGAAAGAUCCCAAUGCAUGGGAUUGUUCCUAAUGUCGUCAUGUACAGCACAAUUAUUGAUAGCCUGUGCAAGGCAGGACUUGUGAAUCUUGCUUUUCGUUUAUUCUCUGAAAUGCUUGCUAAGGGAAUUUCUCCCGAUGUUCAAAGUUACAAUAUCAUGAUUAAUGGCUUCUGCAAAAGUAAAAUGCUCGAUCAAGCCUUGAAUCUCUCUGAAGAAAUGCUUCAUAACUACUUGGUUCCAAACACGGUAACUUACUCUAUUCUUAUUGAUAGCUUGUGCAAAUCAAAGAGAAUCUCUUGUGCUUUGGAGCUUUUUGGCAAGAUGCAUGAUAGAGGUCAAACCGCUAAUAUAGUCACUUACAAUUCCUUGUUGAAUGGGUUGUUCAAAAACAAACAACUUGACAAGGCACUUAUGUUAUUCAAUCAAAUGAAAAAGAGUGGCAUUGAUCUAAAUAUAAACACUUACAGAGUACUUAUUGAUGGCCUAUACAAUGCAAAAGAGAUUUUUCAAGAUUUUUGCGUUAUAGGCUGUCCUCCAAAUGUGAGGGCAUACAAUAUUAAGAUCGAUGGGCUCUGCAAAAAGGGCUUAUUUAAAGAAGCAUUGACCCAGCUGUCGGAAAUGGAACACAAUGGUUGCUUACCAAAUGCUGUGACUUUUGUAACUGUUAUUCAUGCUUUGUUUGAAAAAGAUGAGAAUGACAUGGCAGAAAAACUUCUUCGGGAAAUGAUUGCCAGGGGCUUAUUGAAUUUAGAUAAGAAGAUUGAGGCUUGACAUGGCUUUCAUCCUUGUUACAUAUGGGGAGCGGGUGAUGGAUUCCCAUUAGUCCUCCGUCCCAGAUAAUCACCGCAAGUAUCUACGGGUGCAAUUGAAUGGAAUUAAAGUUAAUCAGAACAUAUUUGAAUUGAAUAAAAGUUAGCAGACCAAUCUGUCUUAUUUCAUGCGAUGUUUUUCAACUUCAUAUGUUUGGCUGGAGUGAAUAUUUGAAUGGAAUUAAAGUUAUCACAACAAAUUUGAAUGGAAUUAAAGUUAGGAGAACAAGCUGUCAUAUUUCAUGCAGAGUUUUUCAGAACAAAAAGUUACUAAGAAGUUUGGGCGGAGUGAAGGGUUAAAUGGAAUUAAAGUUACGAGAACAGAUUUGUGUUGAAUGUUAGUAUACUAAAUAGAUUUUGAUAAUCAAGGGUGUGCUAGGACUAGUUGAGAAGUGGUUAGCCAUUAAAUAGUUUGUAUUUGGACUAGUUGAUACUAUUUAACAAUGACAUCUAGAAAUAGAAGAUUGACAAGUGUUUCCUAUGUCAGCGACAGUUCUAAUGUCAUGGGGGAAUGUUUUUCAUAGUCUUGUUUUUUAAACUUUAA